UAUGCCAUCAUCCUCAUGGCUCUGUUCUGGUGCACAGAGUGCAUGCCUCUGGCUGUGACCGCCCUGCUGCCAGUCGUCCUCUUUCCUAUGAUGGGCAUCAUGACGGCCGCAGAGGUCAGUAUUGAAUACCUGAAAGACUCUAACAUGCUGUUCAUUGGCGGCCUGCUGGUGGCCAUUGCGGUGGAGCAGUCGAACCUCCAUAAGCGCAUCGCCCUGCGAGUUCUGCUGGUGGUUGGCGCUCGUCCGGCCCUGUUGAUGAUGGGCUUCAUGAUCGUCUCGUCCUUCCUCUCCAUGUGGAUCAGCAACACGGCCACCACGGCCAUGAUGCUGCCCAUCGCCGAAGCCAUUCUGCAGCAGCUGAAAGCCAUUGAGAUCCAGGCGGAUGAGCGAGAUUUUCCUGUUGCGGCUGACGACAACCACGGGUUUGAGAUGGAGCCCAGACCCACCAAGCUGGAAAUAAGCAACGACAAUCAGCCAGACACCAACACUCAGCAGGAGGACACAGUGUCGAUGGAGGACAGGUACCUACUCUUGACCAAGGGGAUGAGUCUGUGCGUGUGUUACUCUUCCAGCAUCGGAGGCACGGCCACGCUCACCGGCUCGACCACCAACAUCAUCCUCAAGGGCCAAGUCGACAAGAUGUUUCCUGAAAAUGGUGACGUGAUCAACUUCGCCAGCUGGUUCGCCUUCUCUUUCCCCAACAUGGUUCUCAUGCUUGUGAUUUCCUGGAUCUGGCUUCAGUUCAUGUUCCUGGGCUUCAACCUGAAGGAGUCAUUUGGCUGUGGCGUGAAGAGCGGCAGAGAUCAGGAGGCGCGUGAGGUGAUGAGGGAGGAGUACCUCAAGCUGGGCCGCAUAAGGUUUGAUGAGGUGGCGGUGCUCGUCAUCUUCACCACGCUGGUGCUCCUGUGGUUCACCAGGGAGCCGGGCUUCAUUGACGGCUGGGCCACGGUGCUCUUCAACCAGGAAAAGGCGUUUGUGUCUGACGGAACCAUCGCCAUCUUAAUGUCGAUGCUUUUCUUCGUCAUCCCCGCCCAGCUGCCGAGGUUCGGAGGCUACGGUUACGACGAAGCAGGUAAGAAGAUUAAUUCCCCCCCCAAUCUGCUGAACUGGCAGAAGGUCCAUGAGCGAAUGCCCUGGAGCAUCAUCCUGCUGCUGGGAGGAGGCUUUGCUCUGGCGGCCGGAAGUGAGAGAUCCGGUCUGUCCACGUUGUUGGGAGACAGCCUGUCCCCUCUGGAGAAAAUCCCCCCCUACGCCAUCUCGCUGCUGCUCUGCCUGCUGGUCGCCACAUUCACCGAGUGCGCCAGCAACACUGCCACCACCACCUUGUUCCUGCCAAUCCUGGGCUCAAUGGCCAUAGCGAUAAAGAUACACCCGCUGUACGUGAUGCUGCCCUGCACCCUCGCUGCCAAUCUGGCCUUCAUGCUGCCGGUGGCCACACCACCCAACGCUGUCGCCUUCUCCUUUGGAGGACUCAGAGUCAUUGACAUGGUGAAAGCUGGCUUCAUGCUGAACAUCUUAGGGAUUUUGACCAUAAACUUGGGCAUCAACACCUGGGGAUACGCCAUGUUUGACUUGGGCAACAUCCCCGCUUGGGUCAACGCUACCCUGAGCCAACCCUGAG